AUGUUAAGAUUAUCUAGGCGCUUUUUUAGCCAUUCACGAUCUGUUUUACAGAGCACAAAAUGCUUACUUGUAUCAUCCUGCCCUGAAGGAACCCCAUUAAAACUUGGAGUAAGGAAGGGGCAAAAGCCGCCUCUAGCAUUGAAAGAUGAAGAGUAUCCUGGGUGGUUAUGGUCAGUACUUAACGAGGAGUCAGCUAACACGCAAAAAGAAUUAUCACCCAUCCAAGAGCUAGAACUACGAAGGAAACAGCUGAGAAAACUAAAUAGAGAUAAGAUUAAGCAAAAGAACUUCUUGAGUGAAUUAUGA